AUGCUCAGCGCCUCAGCCUCCAACAACCGUUCAUUGUUUUCCUUUGGGGUUAGGGAUGGCGUGUCGGACGACAUAGGCAACACUACUUCUAAUUCGUUCGAUUUUCUGCCGUCGGUCAGCUUCGACGACCUGCAGAGCAGCCUCGAGUCGGCCUCGACCGACUUCAAGCUCACGCAGUUUCCCAACCCGACCGGCCAGGGCUCGAUUCUGGGCGACCGCCGUCUCCCGUCCGACAACAUGGUUGAGCGUCCAGAUGUUGCCCACACGGUGGGCGCCACGCGUGCCGUUGUUCAGCAGCCCCUCGCGACACGGCCCGCACGCGCCGGAUCCAUCUUGCGGAGGCCGAGCUCGUCGAGCAGGCAGACGAGCAUGUCGUCCACCGUGUCAAGCAACUCUGGCGUGCCGAAUGCUCCCACCGCCCCGGCCGCCAUGCGUCCGCGCCGCCAGAGCCACUAUCCCCCAGUCUCCAAUCCCAACGCUGCGAAGCAGCCGCCCAGGAAGUCGGUCGGGCCGGGUAGCUUUGAUGGAGGUGACUAUGAGGCUCGGAAGCGGAGACCGAGCGUGGCAUCCGAUAGAGUCGGUCUAGAGUCUACGCGCUCUUCGGUCGAUGGAGGCUCCCGUCCCAUUGUGGGGGAUACGACUCGAAACCUCACGGGUUCGCGAGCAGCAAAGGCGAGAUCCGUGCAACCGCCACCACGGGCCAGCCAGGCCAUGCUGUCUCCCGACGUCGGCACUCUGACGCCAGAUCACAGCCAGUUAACAAUCACCUUCCCAAGGUCGCCGCGUCUCAGCACCAAGGUCUCGAACCCCCCCGGCUCUGGGAAACGCAUGUCGGUGAUGCCAGGGGUCCCCCAUGCCUCGCAUGCCACGGGGCUAGGUGCGAGGACCAUCAGUCCUACGGACACCAGACGGAUGAAGCGCAUGUCGGCCAUGCACCAGACCAUGGGCACGCCCCAGGUGCCGGCAGACCCGAUGCCGGCAGCAACCGAAGUCCGCUCUUCGUCGCGCUCUCCCUCAAUGCUUCCCCGCAAGAUCUCGACGCCUUCCUCGUCUCGGACCACACCCGACUUGAAUCGGAAAUCGUAUAGCUCGGGCCUCUCGGUUGGCUCCAUCAACAGCUUUAAUACGGUGCGGACUUCGACCGGCUCGAUGCAGCAGCGGAUCUCGCAAGGCGGAAGUUCCAGGCUGCCCGCGCCCAAGGCCCUGAACCUUCAUAACCCCACAAGUGCUGAAGACGAAGAGGACGUCCCGCCAGUUCCAGCAAUACCCAAGGUGUAUGAAUCGCCCAAAGACUCACCCGCCGAGAUGACAUUCCUAGACAAGAGAAAGUCGAACCUUGCAUUCGAUGCAAGCAGUGUUAAUAGCACUUCGACGGGAAGCGUAUCGGGGAUGCAGCUUACCGAUCCGCCGCCCGCCAAGGUCCAGCGCAGGGCUAGCAAUCGUAAGUCGGUUCAUACUUCGAAGCUGGAUAUGGAUAAGAAGGCGUCUGGACCACAGACAAAGAAGAAUUUGCAGCCGCUGAGGCUGCCCCCAAUAACGUUGGGGCCGCUGAGCACCCCGACUGCUGCGAAGAUAGCAGCUUUGCAGGAUCUGGGUUUCUCGGACAAAAAUCUUUCCCCUCCACCAGCAAGACAGAUGGCCAAGACCCCCACGACGCCAAUGACGGCGUCCAAGGGUUCCUUCUUCACCAGAAACCGAGUCGACGAGAGGCCCGACGUCCAACAUCUCAGGAGUAGCAGCUCAGUCCACCACGCGACGCGGGAGAGCCCGUCUGCGGCAGACGCCACCAGCUCCUCGGAGUCGUUCAUGGCUGCUGCGCCUAAGCCCGGGUACCAGAGAUCUGGAAUGUCGCCAUUCUUGUCGUCUUCUGUGCCAAAGGGAGGAAAUAUGGAACGCGCUUUUAUGAAGCGAUCGAAAACGGGCGGGGACUUUACUCUUCCGUUAGACACAGUUGCCGAUGUGCCUGUGCCGCAACAUAAACCUUCGGGACCGCGGGCACCGAAGUCUAUCGCAACUAAGCCUGCACCAUCAAAGUCUCCGCCUCCGCUUUCCAGCCCGGACGAGCCGCCCACACCCUCGUCCAUUAGCUCCCUCCGAAGGAAAUUGAGCCUGUCUUGGAAACGAAGCGCUUCCAAGAACAGUAUCAGCCAGCCCACGGGGGAACGAGGCGAUCUAGGCAGCAUUAGGCAUGACUCUAUGCCGCCGCCCAGGAUUCCCGUCUCGGCAACGCUGAACAGCCUCAGCACGUCGAAGCCCCCGAGCCCCACCCCCUCCGCCAAGUCCAGCGGGACUGGAACCUACUUAGAAUCGAGGAGGCGUAAGAGCUCGGCCUCGAGUCUCAACGCCAUCAUCGCCCAGGACCGUACCCGAAGCGACGGGCAAGCCAUGGCCAAGCGAGAGACAAUGCUCGACACUGUGGCGGAGCGCUCAACGCUUGCGUACAACUCGUCAGUGGUGCAGAAGAUCUUGAAGCCCAAGAGCUCGACGGCUACGCUGCGUCACCACGACGUCUGGACGGCCGACUUAGACAAGGACGACCUGUAUGCCGAGGACGAGAUGAAGAAGCUAGGGGCGCGGCGCAAGGAGACAGAACUAGCUGCGAGAACACUGGAUGCGCUCCGGAAGCGUGCCACGGCUAAGGAACGUGUCAGCGCCCAGGAUGCCAUUCGAAUCGCCGUACUCAACAUCUACGAGCGUGGCGAGAUUGUGGAUUAUAAGGACGUCUAUUUCUGUGGUACCCAGAACGCAGCCAAGGUCGUGGGCGAUGCACAGUCGGACAGCCCCAACUUCGGCUACGACGACGAGCGGGGCGACUACACAAUUGUCCCCGGCGACCAUCUCUCGUACCGGUACGAGAUUAUCGAUGUCCUCGGAAAGGGCAGCUUUGGGCAGGUUGUCAGGUGUAUCGACCACAAGACGGGCGUGCUUGUUGCCGUCAAGAUCAUCCGCAACAAGAAGCGGUUCCAUCAACAGGCUCUUGUCGAAGUCAACAUUCUACAAAAGCUCCGCGAAUGGGACCCCAAAAACAAGCACAGCAUGGUCAACUUCACCCACAGCUUCUACUUUCGUGGACAUCUUUGCAUCUCUACCGAGCUCCUGGACAUGAACCUCUACGAAUUCAUCAAGUCUAACGCCUUCCGCGGGUUUUCCUUGAAACUGAUUCGACGGUUUACCAAGCAGCUUCUCAGCUCCUUGAUGCUGUUGAAGCAACACAAGGUCAUCCACUGUGACCUGAAGCCAGAGAAUAUUCUUUUACGGCAUCCGCUGCAUUCUGAAAUCAAGGUUAUCGACUUUGGGUCGAGUUGUUUUGAAAACGAGAAGGUCUACACUUAUAUACAGUCUCGGUUCUACCGCUCUCCUGAAGUCAUCCUCGGCAUGACGUAUGGAAUGCCGAUCGACAUGUGGUCGCUUGGCUGCAUCCUCGCCGAACUCUACACUGGCGUGCCCAUCUUCCCCGGCGAGAAUGAGCAGGAGCAAUUGGCCUGCAUCAUGGAGGUUUUCGGGCCGCCAGAGAAGCAUCUCAUCGAAAAAUCGACGCGUAAGAAGCUGUUCUUCGACAGCAUGGGGAAGCCCCGCCUCACAGUCUCGUCCAAGGGCCGACGCCGACGGCCGUCGUCGAAGACUCUCCAGCAGGUCCUCAAGUGCGACGACGAGGCUUUCCUCGACUUCCUUUCUCGCUGUCUGCGCUGGGACCCCGACCGCCGCAUGAAACCUGAUGAGGCCAUCCGGCACGAAUUCAUCACAGGCCAGAAGACUUCGGUUCCCGUACCCCGAGCCUCGGUCCGCGACUCGUCCCCCAGCAAGCGAUCUAAUAGCAUUAGCGUGGCGCCCCGGCCAUUACCAGAGCCCCCGGCAGCCGCGAAAGCCAACACCUCCCUGCGGCCGCGCGAUGCGUCGGGAGUCGCCAACAUCAGCCCCAUGAAGCCGCCAGUCCUCCCCGCCUCACGAAGGACGUCGGGCGUGAGCACUACGUCUAGCAUAUCGGGCAACACGGUCGGCGCAAAACGAACGAGCACGGGCACGACCGCCAGCUUCACCCCCGCUGCUGGCUCCCUUGGCGGCAGCAGCCUUCCCAGAGCAGCCGUCCGUAGUGUGAGCGCGAAGCAGGACCUAGCCGCUGCCGGUGCUACGGCUGCCAUGAGCAGACGGGCCUAG